AUGGGGGAGAGUCAUGUUGCCUUCACGGCGGCGUUGCCAGUCGGACACAAACAGAAGGAGCGCGGGAACUGGGGCAGCAAGGCGGAGUUCAUCCUCACGGUGAUGGGAGCCAUCAUCGGACCCGGGAACGUCUGGAGGUUCCCCUACCUGUGCUACAGGAACGGCGGAGGUGUUUUCUUCAUACCGUAUUUCUUGUUCAUGUGCACUUGCGGGAUUCCGCUCUUCUUCCUGGAGACGGCUCUCGGACAGUACACCGGGCAAGGCGGGAUAACCUGCUGGAGGAAGAUCUGUCCGCUCUUCCAAGGGAUGGGCUACGCCAGCCACCUCAUCAUUGCCUUCGGUGCCACGUCUUACAUCAUCAUCAUCGCCUGGGCCUUCUUCUACCUCUUCAUGUCCUUCAGCUCAGAGCUGCCGUGGGCCACCUGUGGAAACUACUGGAACACAGACUCGUGCGCCGACUUCAGCAGCCACAACCUGAGCAUGGCAUUCAAGCAGAACAGCACCCUGCCUGUGUUGGAGUUCUGGCAGCGGCGGGUUCUGAACAUCUCCACUGGUAUUGAGGAUGUGGGGAACUUGAGGUGGGAGUUGGCUCUGUGUCUGGUUCUGGCCUGGGUUCUGUGCUACUUCUGUGUUUGGAAGGGGAUCAAGUCCACUGGAAAGGCUGCCUAUUUCACUGCCACAUUCCCUUACGUGAUGCUGUUUGCGCUGCUGAUCCGCGGCGUCACUUUGCCCGGAGCCCUGGAUGGAAUCAUGUUCUACCUCUAUCCUGACAUCAGCCGCCUAUCAGAUCCACAGGUGUGGAUGGACGCCGGCACUCAGAUCUUCUUCUCGUACGCCAUCGGCCUCAGCUUCCUCACCUCGCUCGGGAGUUACAACUCCUUUAACAACGACUGCUACAAGGACUGUUUCUACUUGUGCUUGCUGAACAGCGCCACCAGUAUCGUGGCGGGCUUUGCCAUCUUCUCAGUUUUGGGCUUCAUGACGUAUGAACAAGGAGUAAACAUCGCUGAAGUUGCCGAGUCUGGUCCGGGCCUGGCAUUUAUCGUAUACCCACGCGCCGUCGCCAUGAUGCCGAUGCCACAAGUUUGGGCCGUGUGCUUCUUCCUCAUGAUCAUUCUCCUCGGCCUGGACAGCCAGUUUGUCGGUAUCGAGUGUCUGAUGACGUCUUUGGUCGACCUAUUUCCGAAGUACCUGAAUCAAGGGUAUCGCCGGGAGCUGGUGCUGCUGGCUUUCUGCAGCGUCACCUGUGUCCUGGGGUUGCCUCUGGUCACCGAGGGGGGGUUAUACAUGCUGCAACUGCUGGACCACCACGUCUGUAGUGGGAUGACUCUCAUCCUGCUCUCCUUCUGCCAGUCGGUCAGCAUCGCCUGGGUCUACGGCGUGGACCGUUUCUACGGCAACAUCACCGACAUGAUUGGUUAUCGCCCGCACCCGCUCAUGAAGUACUGCUGGUGUUACGUCACUCCUGCCAUCUGCGUUGGAACGUUUAUCUUCUCCAUUGUCAAAUACUCACCACUGAAGUUCAGCAACACGUACGUUUACCCUCUCUGGGCCAACAUCCUGGGCUGGUUCAUCGCCUCCGUCUCUCUCUCCCUCAUCCCGCUGUUUGUGCUAUUCAAAAUACUGCAAGGGAAAGGCACGCUGCGAGAGCGGUUUAUCGCGCUUUGUAAGCCUGUCGAUAACCAUCCCGCCGAGUGGAAGUGUCCGCUGUCGAUCGCCGCCGACAGAAAAGUGACCGAGAUGAAACCCUUGCGCCACAUCGACGGCCUCCCGAAGCCAAAUCAACUGGAGUGAAUCGAUUCGAAACUGUUCCACAUGACACACUUGUGGUGAUGUCGCCAGGUUAGUUAAGCUGGCGGCAUUUCAUCAGGAUGCACAAACUGGUCAUUAGGUACGGGCCUAGCCUGA